ACCAACCAACCAACCAACCAACCAGCCUUACCGUAGCGAAGAAUGUUCAGGAAGUCGCGGCCCCGCCUCCACCACGGUCCACCACAACCAGGCCACCUCGGUAAAUAAAGUGUACCCGCGCGCACGCUGGGUAGCAAGAGGCAUCGACAGCGAACCCCACCACCACCACUACCACCACCACCUUCUCGGUAGCUUCCGUCAAUAAAGCCCAUAGAAAGAAAGCUCUCUAUUUAACUUCAACAACGUGGUCGUGGUCGUCCGUCUUUGAUACCUAGUAGUUGUUAUCCCAAGGAAUUCUUUCUCCUCCGUCGAGCUCUCCCUCCUUUCACACACCCACGCACACACACACUCCCACCCUACUAGAAUCAGCUCGUGUAACCCCUAUUGUCUUAAUCGCAGCCGCAAUCUCGAUCCCAAUCGACAAAAAACAUGGCAUCACAGGCCGAACUCAACACCGAGGCGGCGGCCGAAUACGAGAUGCCACGAGAGCUCUGGAGACACCCGGAUCCGAAGUCGACGAAUAUGGAGGUGUUCCGGAAACAGACGAAUGCGAGACAUGGCGUGGACCUGCAGACGUCCGAUGAUAUUCACAAGUGGUCCGUCGAUAAUCUGGCCGCGUUCUGGGGCGAUAUAUGGGAGAACGUUGGGAUGAUCCAUGAGGGGGCGUGGACAAGUGUCGUCGAUGAAACCGCGCGGAUCGACAGCAUACCCGACUGGUUCCCGGGCGUCAAACUCAACUUCACCGAGCUGCUCCUGUUCACCAAGGGCCCCAAAGGCCCACUGGACAUCACCACCAUCGGCAAGGAGGAUGACAAGGUCGCACUGACAUCUGUGCGCGAGGGCGGCACGGAAAUGUACAAAGUAACGUGGGGGCAGCUGCGGCAGCAAGUUGGCCACCUCACGCAGGCACUGCGGGCCCACGGCGUGCGCAAGGGCGACCGCGUGGCCGGCGUGGUGUCGAACUCGGUGGAUGCGCUGGCGGUGUUCCUGGCGACGGUGGCGAUCGGCGCGAUAUACUCCAGCUCGGCGACGGAUAUGGGCGCCAAGGGUGUCCUCGACCGCAUGCUGCAGAUUGAGCCAAUGUACAUCUUCAUGGACGACUAUGCUGUCUACAACAGGAAGAAGACGGAUCUGAGGCCCAAGAUGACGGAGAUUGUCGAGGGGAUGGAGUCGGUGAAGGAGUUCAAGGGCAUGAUUUCGCUUCCCCGGUUUGCUGAGCCUGUCGAUAUCAGCGCGGUUCCGAGAUGUCAGACAUUGGCCACCUUUAUGGAGAAGGCUACAGCCAAGGAGUUGAUCUUGGAGCGUGUCCCUUUCCGACACCCGUUCUUCAUCGCAUACUCGUCGGGCACUACUGGAAAGCCCAAAUGCAUCGUGCACUGUGGAGGUGGUUCAGCAUUAAACAUGAGGAAAGAACAAUGGCUCCACCACCGUGUCGACAGUGACAGCACCUACCUUCAGUACACCACCACUGGCUGGAUUAUGUACCUAGUACAGGUCAACACCCUUCUCGUCGGUGCUCAUGUCGUCCUCUAUGACGGCUCGCCCUUCCAGCCCGGACCGGAAGCCUUCAUCCGCCUUAUGGGAGAUCUCAAGGUCACCCACCUCGGUAGCUCUCCAAAGUACUUCCAAGAGCUACAGCUCCGUGGGUUCGCUCCUCGAGAGCUUGCGGACCUCUCCAACCUUCGCGUGGUCACCAGCACCGGAAUGGUGCUCUCGACCUCGUUGUUCGAAUGGUUCUACGACGUUGGAUUCCCUCCCACCGCUCAGCUCUCCAAUAUCACCGGCGGAACCGACAUCAACGGCGCCCUUGCAAUCGCCAACACAUUUUCGCCCCUGUAUGCCGGCGGGUGCCAUGGAUUGAACGCAGGUAUAGCGACGGAAGUGUACGCGCUCGUCGACAGCAUCGAGGGACAGGUGGUCCGCGGUCGACGCUGCGCCUCCGGUGAGCCCGGCGAGCUGGUGGUGACUAAACCCUUCCCCACUAUGCCGGUCAUGUUCUGGGGCAAAGAAGGAGCAAAGCAGUACUUCAACAGCUACUUCGCGAAAUACGACAAUGUCUGGACCCAAGGCGACUUCGCCAUGAUCCACCCCCGCUCGAACGCGCUGGUAAUGCUCGGCCGCGCCGACGGCGUGCUCAACCCCUCGGGCGUGCGCUUCGGCUCGUCGGAGCUGUACUCCGUACUCGACGCGCAGUUCUCGUCCGAGAUCGCCGACUCGAUCGCGGUGGGCCAGCGGCGGCCCAAAGACCUCGACGAGCAGGUGGUGCUGUUCCUGCUGAUGAAGCCGGGGCAGAAGUUUACGCCCAGCCUGGUCAAGCGCAUCAAGGCGGCUAUCGGAAAGGGCCUCAGCAAGAGACACGUCCCGAGAUAUAUCUUUGAGACCCCGGAUAUCCCUACCACUAUCAACUUCAAGAAGGUCGAGCUCCCCGUAAAACAGAUCCUCUGCGGAAAGAGGGUUGUCCCCAGCGCUACACUGAGGAAUCCGGAGAGUCUCGAGUACUACUAUCAGUUUGUCGAUAUUGAGAGGGCCGCGACGCAGGGUAUGGCCAGGCUGUAGGUACUCGAAAAGUGGGGGAGGGAGAGGAUGGGAUGGGAUGUGUAGAUAGACGGGGUUUUCGUUUUUCGUUUCGGUCAUUUCGUUGGGUUUUUUUGGGCAGGGAGAGAUGAAUGCAAAUUCUCGGGAAGCAGAAGGAGCAGGUUGCUCAUAAUUGCGGGUUGUGUUGCGGGUUGUGUUGCGGGUUGUGGAUUGCAGGUUGCGGGGUGGGGGACAGUAGAUGUACGUAGG